UUUAAAAAACAUGCUUCAACGUACUUCGCAUGACGAUGACGUCACCUUAACACACCGGAAGUUUUGUUUUGAGUUUUCUUAACUUCGCUCAGGGUCUCUCCUCACAAAUGGCUCUUCAAAGUCCUACAAGACAUGUCCUUUGAUAUCUGUCUCCUAAGUCGUUAGUUCAGUGAAUUUAAGGAGCACAGCGGCGGUGACAGUUAUUCGUGUUUUGAUAAACAGACUCGGAGGAUGAGUUUAAUGAACUCAGCGGGGUUUAAAAGGCUGGGCUGAAGAUAAAUAGAUCAAUCUUAAGGUGAAACAAGACAUUUAUACUUGAAUGUAUAUAACUGACAUGUGUUGUAGAUAAAGCAGUGAAAUGUUGUCUUCAUUGGUAGCUGAAGCUUUCUUUAAGCAACGUAUCUCAGAUUAAAACACUAGUUUAUUCCCUUAUGAGCAAACUAAUUGAACCCACACUAGAGAAGUGUUGAAGGGGGAUGUGGCAUUACAGUUUUUUAUGAGCUAGUGGUCUGGUUCUGAGAGUAGAAGAAGAAGGGGAUGUCUGAGGUCAGGAUGAUGGACCGGUCUGACCCAGGGACAGACUGUGGACAGGACCAGGACGGACCACCUCUUCCUGACCAGGUGACAUCUCAGAGAGGUGGAGCCUCAAGACCUGAGCUGCCGGGUCUGCCUCCUCCUGUUACCCCCUCCUCCUCAGACGUGAGCCCCUCCCCCUCUGCCGAGGCCAGCGGCUUGCUGUCUUUACCCUGGGAGAUGUUAACAAACAUCGCCUCACACCUUCCUGCUCAAUGUGUCAUUGACGUGCUGCCAAAGGUCUGUCAUGCGUUAGAGAAUGUGGGAAAGGACAGCACAGCUUGGCAGCUCCGGGCAGCCAGACUAAUAGGCUCCCGAGCUGGCUUUCCUGUAGGCCCGAGGGAGGACUUUGACUGGCCUUCUGCUUGUGUGGAGAUGGAGCAGCUGACAACCUGCUGGACAGGACAAGCUCACCUUAAAGCCAAACAGACACAAGAGGGCGAGGGGGAGAGGCAGCCACAGGAUGUCGCUCUAAAUCCUCAGGAGGACCUGGCAGAGCCCCAGAAUCAGGAAAACGGGAGACGGAUAGAGAUAGAUGAACAUCAACCACCCAGAAGUCUUAGCCCACCCCCAGAGCUGGAGUGCAUCCAUCUACCUUCAGGACACAUCGCUCAGGUCAACUCAGUCCUCCUCAUGGGUGAGGGGACCGUUUUGGCCACAGGCUCCAGAGACAGGAAUGUGAAACUGUGGGAUCUGCAGGCAGGAUCCGGGGCCACACUGCUGCACACGCUGGGUGGGCAGGGUGACUUUAGCACCCAUCGGGGCUGGGUGUGGUGUCUGUCAGCUCUUGGCCAUCAGCUGGCCUCGGGGGGCUUCGACAGCACGGUGAGGCUGUGGGACCUGCAGGCAGGUGGAGCAAAGAUGGGUCUGAUCAGGGCCGGGGCGGCUGUCCUCUGUCUGUCCUAUCAGGCCGACGUACUGCUCGCUGGUACAUUUGACAAGAGGGUCAACAUGUAUGACCCCAGAGCUGCUCAACCCCUGGUGAAAAGCAUCUGUCUCCAUGGUAACGCUGUGAUGUGCAUGGCUGCUGAUGACAAGUACAUCAUCGCUGGGAGUAAGGGCUGCACUGUGGCUGUGUAUGACCGCAGGGCAGGCAAAGAGUUGAAGAAACUUAAGCUGAGCUCCUACCUGCAGUCCAUGAGCUACCGUGGCUGUGAGGUGUGGGCGGGAGACAACAGCGGCAUGAUCCACGCCUUCUCCAUGCAGGCGGGGACUUUAAAACCCAUCUCCAAGUUUGAUGUGGGACACAGAGCCAUGAUCACCGGCAUCCACAGGUCCGCUGGAAGCCUCUACACCUGUUCAACGGAUUGCACUGUUAAGGUGCAUAUCCCCUGUGUACCUCCGAGGACAUUAUGCACACAGCACCACAAAGCUGGAGUCAACGGGCUUAGUGUGGAGGCCGGUGUCCUCGCUGUGGCCUCAGGAGACAUGCACGUGCAGAUCUGGAGGCCCAGAAAAUAAAAGAACAAACCUUGCAGACUACCGGGUGAGACUUGAAAGCAUGCAGACAGGAGAACCUGAAGACUAGCAGCGACAGCUAACAGGUUUUUCUUUUUAGCAUACAUGGGGCACAAAACAAUGACUAAAGGUCCAAUUUCUUCAAUUUUUUUAUCCUCUGUGUGAUUGUGUUGAGAGAUUUUUUUUUUUUACAAACAAAACACAAGUGUGUAAACAUGAUUUUUAUUUAUUUUUAUUUAGUUUGGGUCUUGUACCCUUCACUUCCAUUUCAUGCCGGAUCUGAAGACUUUAAAAAACACUUGGUUGGCAGAAGUCAGUCUCUUUUUUUUAAAUUAUUGUACGUCUAACAACAAAACAAAGAAACUAGUUACGAGUAUUUACAUACAAUAACUAACAUUGUACCACAAGCAUGAUGUACUCCUCAUGUAUGCUGUAAACACUUGUGAAGUCUAAGCCCUCUGUAACACACUUGAUUGUAAAGCUAUUUAUUUAAACUCACUCAUGCUAAUCGUAGAAAUGUUUACUUGUAUGUUUGUCUCCUUAUAUCCUGUGUGUGUAUGUUUGUGAGAGAGUGUUAGUACAACCAUUUAAUGGCUACAAUAAAUCAAAGUAUGACUCAUUUGCACUACACUUGACGAGAUGCAGCCCUGAAAACACACUGAAAGACAUUAAAGGCAUCUUCCUGAAAACCAC